UGUUUUUGUUGAUUGCUAGACGUUUUCAGUUGAUUAAUUUCGUGUGUAAUUGUCCCUCGCAGACUCAAACUUCAUUUGUUUACAGUGCAGGGGGCGUAUGAGUAGGCCCAGCCAAUGAAAUGCUUCGUUACAGUUCGUACUAGAAUUCUAUUUGCUGGUGCUCAUGUCAAUCAUUUAUGCCGAAAAGCCGUCACGCGACUGACUUAAGGGAAUGAAAAAUGUAAGUUAAGAAGACGCAAAGUAAAAACACCAAUGCGUUCACAAACACAAUUCGACUCGCUCUCUCUGAAUGUCAAGUCUUCUUAAGUGUUUAUUUCUUGACAACUGUUUUGUAGUUAAAAAACGAAAGCAAACCAGGAAGUAAACAACUGGCACACAGGUUAGCGGAGCAGAUUACAGGUAAACGCGUUAAAAUGGCAUUGGGGAACAUUUUGUUGCUUUUAACCUCAGACGUGGGGACAGAUGCAGGUAGGAUAUUGCUAUUGUUCAUCCUCUUUCUGCUGAUCUCAAUCAAACUGAGAAACAGAAAUAAGCCACAUAAAAACCUUCCUCCUGGACCCACACCUCUUCCGUUUAUUGGGAAUGUUUUCAACCUGGAUAUUUCACAACCUCAUAUUGACUUAACUAAGAAGUCAGACCACUAUGGCAAUAUAUUCAGCUUGCAUCUGGGAAGCUUAAACACAGUUGUUGUGAACUCCUACAGCAUGGUGAAGAAAGUUCUUACUGACCAGGGCAACUGUUUCAUACACCGCCCAACCAAUGAUGUCAUCGAAAGACUAACCAAGUGCCAAGGUUUAACCUUUAAUAAUGGCUACAGCUGGAAGCAACAUAGGCGUUUUACUCUAAGUACUCUUAAAUUCUUUGGUGUGGGAAAGAGGAGCCUGGAAUUCAUCAUCAUGGAGGAGUACAAAUUCCUGCACCAGUCCAUCAUGGAUACCAACGGGCUGCCAUUCGACCCUCAUUACAUCAUUAACAAUGGUGUCUCCAACAUCAUCUGCUCUAUGGUGUUUGGAAAAAGGUUCGAAUACACUGACAAGAGGUUUCUGAACAUGCUCAGUCUGAUGUCUAAAGCCCUUAAACUACAAACGUCUGUGUUUAUACAGCUUUAUGGUGCUUUUCCUCGUCUUAUGGACCUCCUCCCUGGACCUCAUAAAGAGCUGUUUUCCUGCUUCCACCAAGUUUGUGCUUUUAUUAAGGAGGAGGUGGACAAACAUCGUGCAGACUGGGACCCCUCUUCACCCAGAGAUUUUAUAGACUGCUAUUUUACCGAAAUAGAGAAGAGGAAACAUGAUCUGGAAGCAGGAUUUCAUGAAGAGGGUCUGCAGUAUGCCGUACUUGAUUUGUUUGUUGCAGGAACUGAGACCACAUCUACCACUCUACUGUGGGCCUUUGUGUACAUGAUGAAAUAUCCAGAAAUCCAAGAAAAGGUCCAGGCAGAAAUAGACAAAGUUGUUGGACGGCAUCGCCGACCCAGCAUAGAUGACAGACCCUGCAUGCCAUACACUGAUGCUGUUAUCCAUGAGAUCCAGAGAAUAGGCAAUGUUGUUCCCCUUAGUGUGCCAAGAAUGACUAAUGAAGACACAAUACUGGAAGGAUAUUUCAUUCCAAAGGGUACACAGAUUAUUCCUAACCUCACCUCAGUUCUGUGUGAUCAAACUAAGUGGAAGACAAACCAUUCAUUUGAUCCACAGAAUUUUCUUAACGCUCAAGGCGAGUUUGAAAAGCCUGAAGCUUUUAUCCCUUUCUCAAUAGGAAAACGAUCUUGUCCAGGAGAAUCACUUGCCCGCAUGGAACUUUUCCUCUUCUUCACAUCUUUUCUACAAUCCUUCUAUUUGUCUUCUCCAGACGGAACUCAAACAAGCUUGGAUUUUAAAUUUGGAAUGACACUUUCUCCAAAGCCAUUUAAAAUAAGUUUCACUCCUCGUUGAUAUUUAUCUUGAUUUUCCCUUGGUGUGUUGGCGGCACAAUAUUGUUUAGAGAUUAAAUAAAACAUUUCCGAAGUGUUUUAAUAAGUAUUUCAGCUCUCCUUCCAAAUGAGAGUUAAUGUUUAUCUGAGAGUGUUAAAAAUGAUCUACUAGCCUACAGUAAUAAAGCUGAUAACCUGUUAAA